AUGGCGCGAUCGGUGGUCCAGUGGUCGAGCCUCGCGAGGGGACCAGCAUGCACGUGCUCGUCCACCUCAUUGGUGUUGGGGGUUAAUUGCACCAGGGUCAGUACUCUCGCUUUGGGUUUACAAACUCUCGUCUGCCCAUGACCACGCACUGACGCCCCGCUGUCGUCGCGCUUCGGUUAUCGUGGCUUAGCCCCGGAUCGCCUUCGGAGCAAACCGUGUGCUCCAUUCUCGCCAGAAACAUGCCGCCCGAGGGCAUUCAAACGACAAGAACUCUCAGAGGGUGAGUAGUGGUUACGGAGCUCAAACUUCGUGGGCCGUGAAAGGGAGGGCCCGGUCGUACCAGGCUGGUCGCCGCGCUUAUCACGUGCUGCCCAGAGAUCUUCGCGGGCAGGAACACCGUUGACUCAUUCGCCCUCGAGAGGCCUUUUCGACGUGUCAUGAUACACAGGACUUUAUCUUAUCCGUCUUGGAAGCGCAUCCUUCAGCGCGUGAUUCUCGAUUCUAUCUUCAAAAUUUUGGCGCCUCGGCGGCUCCAACGCCCAGCUCAUCUCGGUCGCAGAAUGGCUCCCACUCGGCCGAGGCGCCAGCUUUCCCGUUGGCGAACGGUGCGACGCCGACGACAGCGUUCGCCGUUCCCGUUAAGACCUCGACGGGCACGAACACCGACCUCGACGACAUCAUCGCGGGCAAAACCCCUUUCGCCGACGAGCUGCUCGCGCCGGAGAAUCGGCACACCGCGCUCGUUAAAAUCCAGGGUCCUUUCACCGAGCGGCAGCUCGAGAGCAUCGCCGAGGGCAUGGUCUACCUCAAAAAGCUCGGUCUCGUGUCGAUCAUCGUCGUCGAUCAUGAAGAGUGGAUGUCGGAGCUCUCCAGGGAGAGCGAACGCGCCAGCCGCUUCUCCAUCGAGGAGCGACGCGCAAGGACGAUUCGACUGCGCGCUCAGAUGAAGGCCGACACGAUGAGACUGUGCGAGAUGCUCGAGAGGAAAGGGGGUUCGGCACGACCACUGCUCGAAGGGGUUUUGUGUGUCCGCGGGGCCGAGUUUGAGGACUCGUUCAAGCCGAUCGCCUCGACGUCCAAGCUCCCCACCGAGUCGGAUCCCUCCAGACCGCCGUCAGACCUCUUCGUCGACUCGCUGUCGGGGAUCCGCGAUUCUAUUCGCCGAGGCGAGAUCCCCGUCAUCCCCCCGAUAGCGCUGGAUCAGUCGCUCUUCUCACUGUGCGUAUCGGCGAACGACGCUGUCCGGGCCAUCUCGGCCGGUCUUGCCGACCAUGCCAAACGAGCGGGUCUGCGGUACGAGGCCGACCGGAGGUGGAACAAGGACGUCGACCUGACGCCCGUGCGCCUCAUGAUCAUCAACCAAGAAGGGGGUAUUCCUUCCCACGCCCGCCGAGGAAACCCGCACCUUUCCAUCAAUCUGUCUUCCGAGUUUGACUACAUCAACGAAACGUUCGUCUGGCAAGACUCGCAUCCGACAUCACUGGCGAACCUGGCCCUGCUCCAAGACUGCCUGGCCGAGCUCCCCCGCACGGCUUCGGCGGUGCUCGUGUCCCAUCGAUCACCCCGAAGUCUCAUUGCCAACCUCAUCACAAAUAAACCCGCUCAUUCACCUUCCUUGCACCAGUCGCUUCUACCCAGCACGCAGAUGAUGCACCAACCAACGAUCGUCCGGCGAGGACUGCCGAUCCGGGUCUUUCGGAAAAUGUCUGACAUCGACCUUCCGGCCUUGACGAAGUUGCUCGAGGCAUCGUUCGGCAAGACACUCGACGCCGAGCCGUUCUAUGCGCAUCUUGAAAAAACGCUCGAUUUUUGCAUCAUUGCGGGAGAUUACCAGGGGGUCGCGAUCGUCACGAACGAAGCGCCUUUGGAGGACUCCAAUGGCGAUGAGGCCGUUUCAGCCUUGGGGGCUCCGGAGAGUCGACCGGUCGCGUAUCUGGACAAGUUCGCCGUACUUCCUUCGCUCCAGGGCGACGGAACGGUCGAUUUCUUAUGGGGUGCUCUGCGCGAUGAAUCGUUCGGUCUCGGUCUCUUGGAUGCAUUGAACCCCAACGUCGGCGGUAAGCAGGGUUUGGGAGAAGGCCGCGACCUGGUGUGGCGAUCACGGUCCAACAACCCCGUUAACAAAUGGUACUUUGAGCGGUCGAAUGGUUUUUUCAAGAUACCACCGCCGAGGGGGAGCCAGGUCGGCUUCGCACUCUUUUGGUGUGAGAGAGAAAGCCGGAGAGGCGAGUCGCGAGACGAUGAGGAGGAAGCGAGUAAAGCCACGGCUACAAAGCUCAAGGAGUGGAGUCGGGUCGUGGGUGGCAUUCCCACGUGCUGGAAGUGA